GGGUUGACAAACCCUGACUGCCUCGAUCUGUGUUAAACGCUACGACGGUGGUUCAGAUGUGGGUCAAUCGAGUCGGUGUUAACUUAAUCAGAGUUAGUGCGUGUUGAUUAAAGGGGCGUGCACCGUAUCUCUCAGAUGAAGAGCGCACGAUAAUUCUGUGGGUUUAGAGGAAUUUAAAGAGACUCUAACGACACAAUGUCAAACCAACAAAGACAGAGAGACUGGUCACAUGUUCUCUGGAUUCUUCAUCUGUAAUAUGAGAUGUAAGGACACAGAACAUAUGUGAUCAUUUCUCAGAUACUUGGAUUACAGUCAACAUGUGGGUCACAUGUCUGAGAAUGAGCUGUUCCUGUUAAUGAUGUUCUGCCUGGAACACUCAGGCUGUAUAUGUAUGAAUGUAAAGCUGUUAUGUUCAGUAUGAACUUCAUGUUAACAGUAUUUCAGCCUCAGUGGAAACUGAACCUGGAUCAAACAGAAACCUUCUAUAAAGUGGUUCACAUUCAUAUUUCCAUCAUUAAUGCUGCUUGGUCUGUAGUCUACAAUUACAACAGCCUGUCACUUUAUAUUGUCUUUCAGGACAAUAACACCCCCCAUUUAAAGGAUUAUUGAAAUCGAUAAUAUGCAGCACUAAUGAUGCUAAACUCUGCUGCUUGACUGUGAGAAAGAAAAGUGGAGAAUUUUUCUCUCUUUUCUUUUUUUGGUGUGUGUGUGUGGGGGGGGGGCUGACGGACUUUAUACACCAACCCCCGUCCUGCAGAGUCAGCCUCUCCCACCAACAUAAACUGCUCAGAGCAGUUUAGAGAUGCAGCGUAAAUUACCAUGGCAGCAGUCCUCAGGUAAAACCUAUCCUCCUUUCAUAGUACAGGUUAAUCAGGAAGGUACACAUGAAGUUACCCUGAUAAGCCAGUAACCUCACUUCGUAGUACAGGCCUCAGGUGCAGGUGUGAAGGUGUCGUCUGUUCACAGCAGCAGCUCAGACCUGAACACACCUGAGACACGAAAGUUUCCAGCUUUCACAAUAAAGUUAAAUGAUGGAGGCGUUUUUAUUUUAAUCUCAUCCAUCACCACUGAUGCAUGUCUGUGUUUAAACAUUAAUAAUGGAUGAUGUCAUUAUUCUGUGUUUACAUAUUUAGACACAACAUGAAGUAAGAAACUGAUACGUUACAACUAUGUUUUUAUUUUCAGUCAAACAGUGAAUAAAUGAUGAAAACUGUUACAGAUCUGAGAACAGCUGUUUGGAGCUACAUGGUUUUAACGUGUUUAAGAAAACAUUAGAAAAAAAAACAGACGCUACUUUGUGACAGGCCAGAUCUUUGUCUUUUAAUCUGAAAGUCCUAAAGCGGAUGUGAGUGUGUUGAGUUUAAAUGAGUGCCUCCAAACGUCAGGUGUUAGCCUGUCAGCCGGUGAAUGUUACGAGUUUCUGGACUGAGUUUUGGAUACAAUGCCGCGAGUCGGAGCUAAGGAGGAGCUGCGGACUCUGGUGGAGUGUCAGUACAGUUACCCCGCAGAGACUCUGUCUGAUCUUCACAAGGUUCGAGCUCUUUUCUCUGAUCUUCGUCUCUAUGUGGAUUUUUACUGUUUUCCAAACAAAGAGAAGAAGAGGCUGGUUUACCUGGCUGGGACGAUUCCUGUUCACUAUGAAGGAAGUGAGUAUAAUAUCCCAGUGUGCAUUUGGCUUCAUGAGACACACCCAGUGUCCCGUCCUUGCUGUUACGUCUGCCCGUCCAUCUCCAUGGCGAUCAACCCAUCCUGUCCCUGCGUGGACACUUCUGGCAACAUCAGUCUGGACGGACUGAGGAACUGGACCCAUGGUGUGUCCAAUCUAUCGCUGCUUGUGUCAGAAAUGAGGCAGGCCUUCCAGGUGGACACGCCCCUCUAUGCCAGGUGUCCUGCCCAAGCUCCACCCCCAACAGGUGUGCAGGUGUCACCGUCAGCGACAGAGGGAAGGUCAGAGAGUUCUGUGUCCUCCUGCAGCCACCACCACAUCUCCUCCAUCUCCUCCUCCCCACAGAGCAGUCGUCUCCCUCUCACCUCCUCCUACCUGUCUGGACAGAAAGCCAGCCAAUGGGAGGCGAGUAGGGAGGUGAGGGUGAGGAGGUCGUACACAGAGGAGCUGCUGGGGAUCGACUUCAGUGCUCCUCCUCCCUCCUCCUCCUCCUCCUCCUCCUCCUCCUCCAACCACUACAACCCCUUCCUAAGCUCCUCCUCCCCAGGUCCCCCUCCAAAACCCCUCAGCAGAAUGAUGGGGGCUCUGAGUCUGGAUGGGGGGGCCAGUGGAGACCAGCAGGAUGACUCACCUGUACAGAUCGUCCAAUCAGAAGCAGCCAGAGACAGACACAGACUGGGUUCUGGACCAGCACCUGAACUACAUCAGGACCAGGGUACAAGAUUUCAGAGUGAACCAGCAGCCGGAGCUGACCACAUCAAGAUGGCAGCCCGUCUCUCCCCGGACCGGGCGGCCAUCUUCUUCUCGCUCAUGAAGAUGAAGGGGCGGAGCUUCAGCCCCAGUGAUGUCAUGGAGGCGGUCCAACUCAACAAAGAUCUCCCAUCAGCCCUCAGGUUCCUGACCCACAGCUGUCCCAUCUGUCAGGACCAGGUGACCUUCAGCAAGAUCAUCACCAUGACUCACUGCUCCUGCUUCCUGUGUCAGACGUGUUUUAAAACAUUUUUCUCUGCAGCCAUUAAAGAGCGAAGCAUCGAUCAGCUGGUUUGUCCUCAGUGUGGCCGACCUGAGGUCAGAGGUCAGGGACGGAUGGAGGAGUCCAUGGACUACUUCAACCUGCUGGACACUCAGAUCCGUCACUUCCUGCCUGCUCAGCUCCAUGAGCUGUUCCAGAGGAAACUCAGAGACCGAGCUCUGCAGGAGAUGCCCAACUUCUGCUGGUGUGCUCACUGUUCGUUCGGCAUGCUUCAUGAAGCUGACCGGCUGAGGAUGGACUGUCCCAGCUGUAAGAAGAGCACCUGUUCUCAGUGCAGAUCACCUUGGUCCCCUCAGCAUCAGGGUCUGUCCUGUGAGCAGUUCAGAGUCUGGCAGCAGCAGAAUCAUCCGGACCACAGCACUGCCCUGCUCAGCUACAACAGCAUUGAGUGUCCAAACUGUCAGUUCAUCUUCAUUCUGUCCAAAGGAGGCUGUCUCCACUUCACCUGCAGCCAGUGUCAGUAUCAGUUCUGUGGAGGCUGCAGUCAGACCUUCACCCUGGGAGCCGUGAGUCUGUGGUCUGCUUCUACUGGCCUCUACUAUCAGGGUCUUUUGUCAGGUUCUACUGUCAGCUUCUGCGGUCGGGUUCUACUGUCAGCUUCUAUUGUUAGGGUCUACUGUCAGGGUCUGCUGUCUACCACUCUGUCAGUGGAGGUCUGUGGUUUCUCUGCUGACUGUGGAACCAAAGGUCUUCAUGCCCACCACCCCAGAGACUGCCUGUACCACCUGAGGGACUGGAGCGUGACCCGCCUACACCUGCUGCUACAGUUUUACAGAGUGUCUCCCUCCUGGUUGGAACCAGCCAAAGGUAGCUCACCUGACACCAGUGGGACAGGAGUGUGUUUGGUUUUGGAGCUGAGAGACGACGGCAGCAGAAGAGAGGAGCCCUGUGGACAACCUGCACUUCCUGAGUACAGAGGAUACUGCCAGUUGCACUAUAAGGAGCGAUUGGUGGAGUUGAUCAACCGUUGCCGUGCUGACCCAGCAGUCCUCUUCAGUCCGGCAGAGAUGAUGGUGGAGCUGCAGCGUUGGCACAUUGCCGUGCCGACCAGAAAACCCGAUGAAUCGGAGCAGCUGUAUGCCCAGCGCCUCCGCCUGACUCUGACCAAUAGAGUUCCUCUGAGGAAGCAGCGACGCUCUCCACUCAAGCUCAACGAUGACCUCUGCCCUCUGACCUCUGCUGUGGCUGCUGGAGCUCCGCCCCCUCACCUGCUGCUGACAGACUGACCCCGCCCAACACCACAACAUGCCAGCCAAUCAGAUGGCAGCGCUCUGUGUCACCAUAGUAACCAAUUACUUUAAUUUAAUGGCAAGUUUGGAGACCAGUUUACUGCUGAUCACACCCCCUCAGUGACCUCAGUGACGUGGCCUUACUCCUAAAUGGUGGACUGAUAAAACUAAGGAGACUAAAAGAUCUCACCUGUUUAAUUCCAGUGAAAUAAUUAGUGACAUCAUCAUUCUGGUGGCUUCUGAUUGGCUCACUGGUUGCCCUUGAAACACAGCCACAGAAACAAACAAACUUUAGUAGAGUAACAAAAGGGACCAAAGAAAAGAAAAGCAACCAGUCCAUGUUCAGGACAGCUGUUAACGCGCUGACUGUUAACAAGCUGAGUGUUAAUGAGCAAACACAGUUUGAACGAACUAACAAGGCUAACAGUGCUAACAAGCCUCUUCUCCAUUCUAGGAUCCACUUUAGUUUCAGUCAGCAUGGGCAACAGUUAGCAUGUGUUAGCAGGUGUUGCACCCUCAACUCUCUAUUGUAACUCUGUGCACUUUAACUGAAUAAAUAGAAAUAAUAUCUUAAAUAGAA